AUGCUUCAGUGUGACAAGUCACACGAACACAAGAAAUGGGGUCGUCUGCGCGACCAAAGUGGACGGGGCAUGCACUAUGCCACUGCCGAGGAAACCGCUUGCCCAGCAGGUCUGUGUACGGCCGCCGCCCGUGAGAUCAGCUUGGCAUUGCAAGACAAGGGCAUCAUGCUUGAUGCGCGUGCGUCCUCGGACACGGCCCUGGCAUCUUCCUUUGCGCAGCGGCAGCCUCGCCGCGGUCGGGGCACUGUGGGUCCACCUGAGUACAAACGGACUGUCCUUGUCCGGCUUCCGCUGGACUUUCAGCCGCCGGAACAUGUGCCGGAGCAGCCCGAAGCGCCCCUUCGGGACAUUCCUGCGGGCUCGAAGCUUCUGUGGACUCCCGUCUUUGUGGAUGGGGGUGCUGAGGUGCGCGAGGCCCAAUUCGGGGUAUACCAUACCCCUGAUGAGUUUCUCCAUGCAGCCUUGAAAGUGACCCAUCCAUUUGACAGUGCGGUGUCUAUUGAUGGCCCGAAUCUUCGGGCGAUUGCCUUCGCUCUUGAGCAUGGGGUUAAGGCUGUGCAGCAGAAGCGUAUGGAGGUCCUUGAUCAUUAUCGUGCCUUGGAGCGUUCUCUGAGGGCUGAUGAGGCUGCCCUUAAACAGGCAAUGGACCCCACUGCAAGGGAGAUCAUGGGCUCCAAGAAGUUGCUUUUGUUUAAACAGAUGCUAAAGGAUGCUGGUGUUCCCGACGAGCGCCUCUUCGAAGACAUGGUUCAGGGUUUCCGGUUGACUGGUCCUCUUGAGCCUUCCGGUUUGUUCCCCCUAAGUAUAAGCCUGCCAUCCUCUCCGUGGAUGAAUUGUCGCACUUCGCAGUGGUCCAAACACCUUGUGGAGGCUGCGUGUCGUAAAGCAUCCCAGGACCCGGAGGUUGCUAGAGCUGUUUGGGAGGAGUCGCUGGGGCAGGUCGAGAAAGGCUGGCUGUCGGGGCCCUUCACAUGGGAUCAAAUGGAUCAGAAGUACGGUGGUACUUGGGUGGCAUCCAAGCGCUUUGGGGUAUCCCAGGGUGACAAGGUUCGUGCUGUCGACGAUCUUUCCCAGUUUCAGGUGAAUGCUUCGGUGACUGAGACUGAGAAGAUUCAGCUUGAAGGCCUUGAUGACAUUGUGGCCCUUGCGCGAUUCCACUUAGGAGCCACCGUGGCUGGCACCAAGGUCACCAAGGUGUUUAGACUUCCCUUGUCAGGCGGCGGUGUCUAUCAAGGCCGAUUGCAUCCUGAUUUUCGAGAGGGCCGGGCACGACGCUUGAAUGGCAGAGCUCUUGACUUGCGAAGCGCAUACAAGCAGUUAGCUCGUCACCCAGCCGACGAUUGGGCUUCGGUGCUAGGCGUCCUGGACCCAGACACAAACACUGUGGCCUAUUUUGAGAAUUAUGCUCUCCCGUUCGGUGCAUCGAGCGCGGUGACAGGCUUUAACAGGGCUGCCCGAGCAUUGCGCAUUAUCAUGUCUAGACUUCUGUUCCUUGUGAAUACGUCGUUCUUUGACGAUUUCUGCCAACUUGAAAUCGAGGGUCUGACCGAUUCUGCGGAUCAGGCGGCACUUGAAAUGCUAGACCUUCUUGGCUGGGAAGUGUCUGACGGUGAGAAGCUGAAACCCUUCGCUUCGGAGUUCACCAUGCUUGGUGCCGUGCUAUCCUUCAAAGAUGCUGGCAGGGGUCUGAUUAGGGUUAGGAAUAAGGCGGGGCGCUUGGAGGAGAUUUCUGACAUGGUGGAUCGCCUCGCCUCUGACCCCACCUGUGGGGCGCGCUCUCUGCCGUCCUUGAAGGGCAAGCUCUUGUUUGUGGCUACUCAGUUGAUUCACCAUGCCGAGCGGCAGCAAGGUCCUGACCUGCAGAGCCGCGUUUUGGUAAACCUGUGGUCUGAGCAGCCGCCCGUGGUCAUCUUCACGGACGGGGCAUGUGAGGAAACGGGAAACCAGGUGACGCAUGGGGCGGUCAUCAUUGACCCGGCCUCGCAGACUCGGGAGGUGUUUGGGGGCCACAUCCCCGCGAACCUCGUGGAGAAGUGGCGAAGCUCCGGCAGGACUCAACUCAUCUUCUUUGCAGAACUUUAUCCUGUCUUGAUUGCGAGACGAAGCGACCUACCUGACUCGCCCGACUGGGGCGACAGUGAUGCUGAGCUUGAUGCUGAGCUUGCAGGUGAGCAGGGCUUUGUCUGGCCGGGGGACGACUGUCCCGAGCCUCCCGACCGCGGGGACGGCGAGUCCGACGGUGAGGCUGCAAGCUCCUUGAGCAUGAUGGGCGCAGGGAUUGGCUCUUCGGGCUAUUCGGGGGUUUCGGCUUUGGGCUCUUCGAGGGAUCUUGACUCCGUCGACGUUGAUGCAGACGGCCAGAGUGGUACAUGCACUACGAACAUGGGGCUUGCCUUUGUGCACGCCUUCAGCAGGCUGUCGCAACCCAGCGCCUCGCCUUCUUUGCUGUUGCCUUGGGAGACUCCCUUAAUGAAGACCAUUUUUGAGCCUUUGUCCGAGCCCCUGCCUGAGCUUAAGAAACCCUCUUUAGGCCUUGCCGACUUGUCCCCUCCCGAGUUUGCGAAGUAUCUGCCCGAUGCAAGUAGCAGUGCAAGUGCCGCGAAGCCUGUACAUCCUAGCCUCGACUUCAAGGCAGGCCACGCCGCCGAACAGGCCAUCAGAAUGCUUGACGACGAUGACUUCGAGAAGAAGCAGAUUAAACUUAUGAACGCUCGUAUCGCAAAGUGGCAUGUCAUUGGUUUGAGGUAUUCGGACGUAUUUGAAUUGCCUCGGCCUUCGGACGAGGAGAUCUCGGCAAUGAUGGGCACUCGGUCAGUACGUACUGUGCUUGCCAGGGCAGGGUCCAUGCUCCAGUUCGUCAGGUGGUGUGACACGGUGCGUGGUAGCAGUGAUUCCAUGUUCACUGAUGAAGCUUACUGGGGCUAUCUGCAGUUCCUCAAGACGAGUCGUGCAAGUGCUUCGAGAGGAUCAUCUUUCCUUUGUGCAGUGAGGUUUGCUUGGCAUGUCAUGGAUCUCACAAAAAUCUGCGGCUCGCCGUCACGGCGAUGUGUGGGCCUUGCAGAACAAAUGUCUGCUGAAAGAGGCACGCUGCGCCAGUCGGCGCCUUUGUUAGUGCAACAGGUGCUGCAGCUGCACCACAUGCUGCAUAGUGGCCUUGUCUCCAAGCUCGAUAAGGCUUUUGUUGCAUACAUCUUGAUUUGCUUGUGUGCCCGUUGCAGACAGAGCGACCUGGCAAAAGUGUCCUACGUUGAAGUGGAUAUCUCAGAUUCAGGACUUGAGGGAUACGUCAUCUUUUACACGCGUCAGCACAAAACUGCGCGAGCUGCUCGAAGGUUGUCGCAAAUGCUGCCCAUCCUUAUGCCAGUCUGUGGCAUCGACGAUCAAGAGUGGUUCUUGACAGCGCGGCGUGCCAUGGAGGGUAGGCUGGCCCGGCGGGGAAUCACAUCAGAGGAAGUUUCUGCCUUCUUGAAGUUAGUUGUGCCGAGCCAUGACGGGGUCUCUCGCAUUGCAUCCCAGAGUCUCAAACGCACAAUGCUCGCUUGGUCGAGCAAGGCCGGCUUGUCUAGUGAGUCUAGGGCCAUUCUUGGCAGGCAUGCAAAAUCCGUUGAGAGCUCUGAGGCCAUUUACAGUGUUGAGCUCGGGCUUCCAGCUGUGAAGCAGCUGGAAGGCAUCUUGAGGCAGGUGCGGGACAAAGAAUUUAGGCCGGAUGCGAGCCGUGCUGAUAUGUGGCGGUUCCCACCAUCGCCGCCCGCAACCGUUGCUGGAGCCAAAGUGUCGAAGCCGUUGAUCCCUUCUGUGGAGGUCAAGUCUGAGUCGGAGGCCAGUGAUUCGGAGUCCUCAAGUUCGGAAGAGUCCAGCGGAGGCCAUUCUGAUAGCUCCGAUUCUUCCAGCGGCAGCCCUCCUGCACCCAAGAGGCGUCCUCAGGCCGAGUCUCAAAGACUCAUCCUUUCGGAAAAGGGUGGAGAGUGGGUCGUGCACAAGCGGUCGCACGUGUGGCAUUGGACGUAUGGUGUCAACAUGUUGAUGUGUGGCCGAAAGCGAAGUCACAUGUACGUUCUCUCUGAUAAGGGAGAGCCAUCCGGGCCGGAAGACAGUGAUUUGAGUCACAUGGUGACGGACAGAGCAAGGGCUCAAGACCAAGGGGUGAAGUUCUCUGAAGUGGCCUUCAAGAGUCUCAAAUUUCAGGGGUUCGUGACCCUUGGGCAGCUGGCAUAUAGUGUCGGGCAGCCUGGUCAGAUCAUCCCAGACGAGGCGUUCAAUCAAUUCGUAAAGGACACCAUCCCCCGCGCAUCGGGGGCCGACUCAGCUUGUCUCCGUCGCCUCAUUUUUGAGGCUCAGACUUUAGUGCUUGCUGAUUUGCGACAGCAGAUUAACGACCCUGAUGGAUCAUCAAAGAAGGUUCCGGAGGCUGAGCGCGAACAGCGCUUAGCUUCAUUGCGGAAGCAAUUACCUGGGCUUCUCAUUGAGGGGCCAACGGAGCCAGGGCGGGCCCUCUUAGAUGAGUGUGCGAGCCAAGAAAGUGCGUGCCAGCUUAAGUACAUCAGCCCAGACCGCUGCAUCUCUAGGACCUUUGAAGUCACGAAUCACAAGAAGACUCCGAGGCAGCUUGAGUUAGAUGCCAAUCAUCUUGUGGUAAAGAAUCAGGAGGAUGAGCUCACCAUGCCCUCACACUCCGCGCUUCAGGUGCAGGAGGCCUUCCUUCGGCGAGGCCUUGCAUAUGUCUUUAGCCAGAGUGUGUCCUUUGAUGCAUAUUCGAGGUACCUCUCGAAAUUGUUCUCGCAUAUCCAUCGCGAGCCGCCCCCGAACCAUGCAAGAACCUCUGUGGCGCAGCUUGUCGAAGCCGAUAAGCUGGUCUGGACCACGCUCAUCGAGAGAGGUGUGAAGCCACGAAAGGAUGCCACCGGGGCCUUCCCCUUGGACUCAGAGCUUAUGCAAGCCUUGGAGAGCUAUGAAGUGUCCUUCGGACUUAUGCCGCUACGAAGUGGGUCCAAAUGGGAGCCCCGCAAAAGGUUCAAAGGUGCAGGCAAGGAUGGCAAGGACGACAACAAAGCCCCAGGGAAAGGUGACCAGCUGUGCUUCUCGUACAACCUUCAAGGGGACAAGUGCAAGUGUGCUGUAACUUGUGAUGCCGAAACUUUUGCAGCUCGCCUCUUGAAACAAGCGGGCGCCUUUUAUGCUGGCAUGUACCGCAAAGGCAAUGGCAUCUCGGGCCUUCGCAAAUCCUGUCGGGAAUUCCCCUUGUCUGUCGCUGCCAUCAAUGCGUUCAUGGCCCAUGCUGUGCCUACAGCUUCUUACAAUGCAUUUGCCAUACUUGACAAUGUCGCUUCCCCUGCACACCGUGACCUGCAGAAUGAACCGGUGGCCAGUCAUGUGCUGGCCCUCUCUGCUUUCGCAGGUGGGGGCAUCUGGGUGCAGUGCCCCCGAGGGGCCGUCUGCCGUCGUGUUGCUGGGGUUAACACUCCUGGCAAAGUGCUGAGCCUUGAUAAAGGCCCUGUGCAGCUGGAUGCUGCUUCGAGUUUGCACUCUACUGAACCUUGGCAGGGUGAUCGUGUGAUCCUGUCUUGCUACACCUUGAAAGGCUAUGACCUCUUGACGUCUGACCAGUGCAACAGCCUCCUGCAACUCUCCUUCCCCUUGCCCUUGCAGGUUGGGCAAUGCGCCCGCCCGUCACCUGUGGACUAUGCGGCCUUGCGCGCCGCCACUGGUAUACAGCCCAAAGCCAGCAAGACGGUACCCUUGGUACCGGAACAUCGUGCUGUCAUCGUUGUUCGAGGCCCGGCCCAACUGCUCCAGCCUCCCUGUGUCCUCAGACAACGCCUUGAAGCUGACUGGGCGGUGCCGACAUCAUGCACGUGUGCCUGGCCUUCCAUUCCGAAGUAUUCCCAACUUCUUCGGAGUGACUUGCUUGAUGUUGAGGUUAAGGAGGGAAGUUCUGGGAAGGUGCUUGAACUUGCGUGGGGGAUACCUUUCUCGCCAUCUGAGUUUGUAGACUGCGCAGUGGCUGCAGGCCACCCCUCCCUGCUCGAAGCGAACCUCCCGCAGGAGCUGCAGGAUGCGAUUACGGUUCGACCGAUCCUAGCCGUCCUAGCCCCUAAACGCCUUCUCCUCUUUAAGAGCCUCCUGCAAGAAUAUGGUUACCCGGAUUUAGAUGCCUUCAAUGAGCUCGUCAGUGGAGUCAGCUUGACCGGGGAUGCUCCACACGCUGGGAUCUUCAAUGCGGCGGAGCGGCAUGCUUCUAUGACUGAGGCCGAACUCAAAGCAAAGGCGAAGGUCAUCCAGCAGGAUGUGCUUGGAAAGGUCACCAGUCAAGGAAGUGAGAUCGAUGCGAUCGUGAAACAGAAGACGGUGGAGGAAGUGCAAAAGGGUUGGCUUGUAGGCCCCUUUGAGAUUGAGGACCUGCCAGAACAUGCCAUCAUAAGCAAACGUUUUGGCCUGCCACAAGUUUUCGGUAGGUUGGCCAAGGUUUGCCUCAAGCAUCUCACUGAUUUUGCUUACGGCGAUCUGCCUCCAAAUGUCAUGCGACAGGAACCGAUGUUUGUUUUCACCGAUGCUUGCUUUGAGCCCUCGGCAUCGGACUGGAAGUGUGGCAUUGGCGGUGUCUUGUUCAAUCAUCGAGGUUCAACAGACGAUAAUCUUUCCCGCCGAGCUUCUAGCCCUCCUUUGUGGAAUGAGGCUAUGGCUGCCGGCCGCGCCGCUGUCAUCAAGGCCCUGUUGCAGGUGCUUCUCAAGGAUGAAGAAAGUGCGGGCAUUGCUUCGUGGUAUCAGAGGAUAAGGGUUCUGAUCUUCGUGGACAACGAGGCAGCGAAGGCGGCCUUGAUCAGAAAUUAUUCUCCUUUGUUGGAUGCCGCUCACAUGUUGUCUGACAUUGCGGAGCUUGAUGUCGAGCUCGGUUGUUUUCCGUGGUAUUGCCGGGUGCCGUCCAAGAGCAAUUUUUCCGACGCUGCCUCCAGGUUGAGCUUUGGGGAAUAUGAGGAAUGUUUCCGAAGGAUUCAGCCGACCUUGGUAGUGUCUUAG